AUGACGAAGUCGGAGCAUUCACAGACUGUGAGAGUGACUCUCCUCAGCGUUGCGGCAGGUCCCAUCUUGGUUAGCCCCGUGGAAGAGACGCCCACUGAUCCUGAUGCAACUGAUGACAGCUCCCAUCCUAAUCUAUGGCUAUGGCUUUCACCGGUUACACAUCACCAAAGGCUCACUUUCGGACGUCCUGCGGAAUCACCCGAAAACACAAAAGAUGUUGAAGUUCAUCCCUGGCUUUCCCUUGCUCCAGUGUUCCAUCCGCCAGUGACAACCAGCGCUCCAACGCUACAGCAAUAUGACCACGGCGGGGACGACCAGCGAGCAAAUGGAAGCUUGGGUCUAAGUUCCAAACACGCCGAGGGAAGAAAAGCAGCUUCCGAAGCUUCCGGUUCUUCGUGCCAAACGAUAAUUGACUGGAACCCGGGAGUCAUACGCAAACGGGACUUUGAAACUUCUUCGAUCAGGUUUGUAGAUGCAGGAGAUGAAACCAGAGCGUGCCCGGCGCUUCUUGUCGACUGGGACCUAUUUCGAAUAUUGGAGGCGAUUUCACAAAGCUGGCGCUCGUGGGGCCUAAGAGAAAUGGAGAGGGAUCAAUGGCAAGAGGAAAAUGGCGGCCACUUAACCAUGCACGAGCUUCAGUUACGAACGAAAGCCGCCGAGGAGGAACGUAUGCUAAAUGAAGUGAGAAACGACGCUAACAAUAACGCGCUUCGCGAGGCACUAUGGCAGAUCCGACGGGGUCGCCAAUCCAUAGAGGAAAGGUUGGAGGAUCUUCGAAGCCGCAAAGCCGAGUUGAACCAGAACGUUGAGCGCGAGGAGAAACGAUGCGAGGCCUGGCUGCACCAACUUCCCCCAAUUCUGAAUGGCGCGAUGAUCCGGCUUGGCGUCAUUCCUCGCGACGACUCCAACGGUAAGCCAGCUGUUCAAAUCAUCGAAACCGUUCAACCCCCGUACAACGGUGGCGCCUCCGUUCCACCCUUGUCAGAACAGAAUCAACAUGCUGUCCGAUAUGCUCCAGUUGCCCCACCCGAACCAGAACAACAGCCACCAAUCAAUCCCACUGAAGAACCAGUUGGCAGGAGAUUUGAAUUAGCGUACGCCCACCUUCAACGAGUGAACGCUGAAUUUGAAGCUCAUCGAGAUCAAUACCCGGGCGAAUUGAGCAAAUUCUUGAACGACAAUCGGGGCAAGGAUGACGAGCUUACCCUUGAGCAAAGAUUUGGGCAGCUGUGGUUCCAGAGAACAACUGAUAUUACUCGGAAGCUUGUGGAAGCUGAGCAAUCGUACGAAAAGGUUGAGGAAGAAUGGCGGGCCGCUCUUCCUCUUAAUGACGAUUAUGCUUUCGGAUGCCCAACCUUCAUUGAUAAGUCCCUUGGGACAAGUCGAAACAAUCCAGAUCCCAAACAAUUGGGCACUGGACUGUCGGAGCGAAAAAGGAAAUGGAUUGAGAUGUGGAGAUCUGAAGACGAGGAGGCAAUAUUAGAACGCAGGCGAAAGCGUAUGAGAGACCUUCGUGGGUGUGACGAAAUACCGACAGAAUCAGAAGAGAAUAAGCCGCUGAGUUUUGGAUCCGAUGAACAUGAAGGGCCGCGUGCUGUCGGGCAAUUUCGAAGGAAGAUUGAUGCAUUCAACGAGCAGUGUGGACGCUCACGCUGA